AUGUCGUCAGAAUUUGAGGACACUAAUCCGUCAUACGUUUCAGAUGGAAGUAAUCUGUCUGAAGUAGUGGCCCCAUCUCAAAACUUAAAUAAUGAUCUGAAGAGUGGUUUCGAACAUGAUGAUAGAAACGACAUUGGUGCAGAUUCGACAAGGUCAUCUAGUCCAUUCGUAUCAAAUCCAGAUUUGUUGUACAGAGACCAAUUCUCUCCAGUUGCAAGUUCUUUCAACGAGGAAGAAUCAAUAUCACGCCGAGUCCAAGAUAUGGAUACAAGCAUUGCAAGUCUUCAAGAAACAAUGGGCGAAAUUAAAUUGGGAGAUAGGAGUAAGACUAAUAAUCAUUCAAUAAUUGGGGAUGAAAGUUUUCACAAUUCGAGUAUGGAUACAACACGGUAUAAUGAAACACAAGCACAAUUUGAUCGUGAUUUAGACUUCGAUCAAGAAGUACAAGACCGUAACACAGCGAGCCCUCUUAGAAAUAAAAAGCCUAUAUCACCUUGGAAACAACUUCGGUCAGUAUCUACUACUGUACCUGAAAAUAUGGGAGAUAUUCCUAAAUUGCAUUUUAAUCAAUCUAAUUGUUUCAACGAUAACACUAAGCAGGCACUUACCCAUGACACCACUGCAAUUGCCAAAAUUAAUGAGCUAAAUAAACAGGUAACUGGAUAUAGAAUUCAAAUAAAGCUAUUCAAACAGUUUUUGCAGCAUUUAAUCGAUAAAACUCGCUACAGUAAUGCAGAAAAUGGAUUUGAUAUCAGUGAAUUAAACCAUUUCCAGAAUAAUCUUAACGGGCUAUCACCAUUGAAAUCUACUGGGAUACAAUCGGGAGGUGCAAAUUCAGAGUUUGAAGAUAAUUUGUCUCAAAAUUAUGACGAGCUACUCAAAUUGAAUGAAGAUCUUUAUUUAAACUUGGAAGAUUUUCAAAAUAAAUUGCAUGAUAAGGAAAUACAGCUAAAUAAGACUAACAUAUAUAUGAGAGACUGUUCCCGAAUGAUAAAUGAAAUUUUAGAAUUACUUAUUGGCGAUCCUUCUACCGAUGACUCGUCAAAACAGGCUUUAACUAAGUGCUUAGAUGAUACAUCUGGAGAAAGUAGCUCUUCAAAAUCACUAGAAACCAAACUUUAUGUUGUUCGGUUGGAGCUUCGAAAGAAGCUAGAAUCUAAGAAUCGCAGUUACCCUUCACCGCCUCCUUCAAACCCAGAAAAAGAGCACAUAGAAUUAUCAGGGUAUAUAACAAUUAUUCAAGGGCUUAUAACAUCACUAGACAAGGUUCAAAAAGAAUUUUCGACUCAUAAACAAGACACAUCGAAAAUCCAAGAAGACUUAAAAAAGGAGGUCGAGAGUACACAAACAAUACGAACAAAUUAUGAAGCACUAUAUUACAAGUUCAAUCAAUUAUGCAAAACUUUAGAAAUGUCUAGACCAGACGAUGGUGACAGUGAAAUACGGAAGCUUAGACUAGAAAAUCAGAAAUUGAGAACCAUAAACAACACUGUUGAUAACAAAUUUGAUGAAUAUCAGAAAAUUAUUGACAAAUUACAAAAGGAAGUGAACGACUUUCAAAAACAUUACAACAAUAGCUCAGUAGGCGAAACAAGUGAAUGGUUAAAAUCAUCUAAUGAAGGGCUGCAUCAUAACGACUUAUUGCAGUCAUAUAAUGAGAUAAACCAACUUCAAGAACAAUUGAAGGAUCUUACUGAACGCUAUAAAAAUCUACAAGAUGAAUCUUCAAAUACGAUAUCUACAUUGAGCAAUCAAUUGAAUAACAAAAGGCAGGAGAGCUUAGCCCUGAGUGCAAAUCAAAGAGUUACUGACCAACUUAAAAAUGAUUUAGAAAUCGCAGUUGAAAAGCAACGUGUAUUGAAAGCAGAGAAGAUAAGAUUGUCCUAUAGUCUCGAAUCUCUUACAAAUGACAAGAUAUCUUUGCAGACUACUAUUAGAAGUUUGACUGAAAAGAUUGCUACCUUAACGGUGGAUGCGCCACAACACAAGAAAGAUGAAAUGAACGAAGGUCUUGAAAAAUUGAACGUAUUAGAAUAUCAAUUAAGCGAAUUGCUUCUGCGUGAUAUUCAUGUAUUUCAAAAAUUUCUUAAAUCAUUUAUCAAGAUUGCAGAUGAUUCUUCUUUAAAAGAACCUAAAAGGAAAAUUGAUACCUUAACAAAGAAGAUUACGCAGGAGAGAAACUCUGAGAGUAAUGAUCAAAGAACACUGUGGAAUAUUUCAGAAUUGAAUACCAUCCGAGAGUAUCACAAAUCAGUGUUUGAUUACUUUGCUAGAGCAGUAGAUAUUAUUGUCAACGAUCAUGUCAAACUUUUAUUGAAAGAGAGCGAACAUACUUCACAAACUAGUGAAUAUGUUAAUAAAUUGCACAAAAGAAUAGACGAAUUAAACAGUGUUAAUGACGAUUUGACAAGACAGCUAGAUUCCUACUACACCGAUGACAGUCAUAAUGAUACUACUCAAAAUGCAAGUUUUACUUCAACUGGAUCGAAAAUGAGGAUAGCUGAAUUAACUAAUAGAUGGAAAGCUGAAAGAGAAGCAAGAGUUUACGAGAAUCAAGAAGCACAGAAAAGGCUAAAGGAGUUAGAUAGAGAAAAUGCUAGGUUAAGACAGGAACUUGAUCAAGUAUCCUAG